GUUUGGUUGAGAAUCGAACACUCCUGCAAUAAGAUGGGUGGUUUAAAAGUGACCGGGUAGUACGAAUAUAUUUUUUUAUUAUCAUUUUCUAAAAGCAAAAAGGUUAGAGAAACGUAAUGAAUUAUAAGGUUUCUGAAGAAUUUAAUAUUUUAGACACGGAUGAACUAAACGAAGUUUUGAUUCAUCUGGAAAAAAUCGAGUUGGACGCUAUCAAAAUUCUUAAAAUAAUCAGAAACCCUAUAUAUCAAAUUCACAUUUACUGUAAUUGCUGGGAUACAUUGGUUGAUAUACAAUUUCAAAUACGAGACUUUCGUUUUAUGCUGAGUAAGAACACGGGGGUUUUCAAUAGAGAGAAGUAUAAAGCAUUUUUGGACCAUGUUCAUUUAUCACUGGAACACUGUAACAAGGCAGCAGAAAAUCCGUAUCCAAACUGCAGAUUGAAGAAUGCUGACCAAUCGCAUUUAUGAAAUAAUUAUCUAUGCCAACACUGUGUAUGAUACAUUGAAAUGUGACAUAAAAUUUGUUGACGGAUUAUAGAAAAUUAUUUUAUUGUUUCAUAUUCGCGGUUAUAUUAUGCCAAUAAUAAAUGUGUGUUCAAUAGAUAAAAGAU